AGUCCAAAAGAAUGUCCUUUUUCUUGUGAAUACAAAGGUCCACCAUGUUGUCCAUUCCUUGGUGAACCCACAUGUGCUCCUCCAUGCGAUACACUCAAAGCCUGUACCGUGACACCUUGUCCUAAUGACUGUCCUGACAAUUGUUUCUAUCCAGAUGCCGAUCACUGCUGCCCAAGAAGUGGUCAGCCUAUAUGUCACUCA